GCGGACGCGAACGGUGACAAGGAGACAGGUACGGGUUGCUGCAACUGACACUGGUCCGGGCUGUGAGUUCUAUCACAGGUCCGGGCUGCAGCAACUGUCAUAGGUCCGGGCUGAAACACCCGGCGAGGGUACCUAACUGUGUCUUCUGGUGGCCUUUGGAACCAGACAUGAUGGGGCCACAACCGACCACGGGCGAAGCGGGGGAGGAGUACAGGACAUCGCCCGACCGAGCUCUGAGGGAUCUGAAGGAACGAAUUAGGCGGGAAGCACCGCUGAGAUGGGUUGAUCAAACCAAUGACGGAGAGCCUGACGUAAUAGGCGAGUCAGUCGUGACAGAGCCACAGGAGGCUCUGAAGACAGGAACCUCGAGCGGCCGACAAGAAGCGACGAGACGACGCUCCUCCGAGUACGAGCGGAGGGAAACCAUGGCGGAUAGGCACAGAGACGACUGGCGAGAGAGAUCGAGGGACUCGUAUUGGAGGGACAAAGAUAGAGAUAGAGCACCGCCUCGGCGUGUCUUUGACCCCCAAACGGGGGAAUCACACCCGCUCCCUUACGAGAGCAAGGAUCGCUAUAUUAUUACGAACAAGGUCUCAGAUCCUCAUACUUUCAGGGGCUAUGGCAUUACAGAAUAUCUGGAGAAGUGGGAGCUUCACGCUAGCCGGAGUCAGUGGUCGGUGGAAGAGAUUAUAGAGAACUUCUUAAUUAAUGUGGACUCAAGUCUCGGUAAGGAAGUUAAGGAAGAUCGGCCGAAGGAUGGGAAAUGGACUACGUACAAGAAGAACCUCGUUGAGCCUUACAAAUUGGAGGAUAACAAGUACUCCAUUAAGGACCUUGAGACAAUGACUCAAGAUGAAUAUGAGAGCGUACGGGCAUUUGGGAUGCGUUUCCAGAAGAUCUCCGACGUGCUGAUGAAGAAGGGGAAGAUCUCAGAGGUCGAGCGCUGUACUAUCUUCAUCGGACACCUGUCCAAAGGUAGGCAAAAAAAUAUACUUAGAGAUCUUCUGCGCGACAAGCUUGACUUCCCAGAAGUCCUAAAGCUCGCGAUAAAGGCAGAGGCAGACGACUACAAGGACUUGGUGUGGAGAGGGAUGAGGAGACGUGACUUCUCUUUCUACAAGGAGUAUGCCACUGAUAGAUGUCCUGAUUUCAAGGACUAUCCCUGGUCGGAGGAGAAUGAAGUCGUGGCCGAGGAAGUGAAGGAGAUAAGGGACAUGGUAAAGGGAUUGACAAGACCAAAUCGACGCGAUGAGUCACGCGGGCGAUACGACACUGGAGACCGCCGAAACGAUUCACGAGGACGAUAUGAGUUAAGAGGAUCUGGAGGAGACCGCCGCAAUGAUUCGCGCGGCCGGAAUGAGAGAGGGGGGUAUGGCGCCUCAUCAAAGCCGUAUCCCAAGUCCCCUGACCCCAGGGCAGCCAGGGGUUCGAUCUCUAGGAGCGCAGUCGACAGACCAUCUACGCCCAGGAACUCAUGCGUCUACUGUAGAGGAGAUGAUCAUAUCAAGAGAGACUGCCCGGAUCUCAAGCAGGCAAUAGAUGAGGGACUUGUCGUGCUUGAUGACCGCAAGUACGUCAAGUGGGCAGACGAUCUGGGAGACGUAUCGAUGUUCCCCUCGAUGAAGGAGAAUGUAGAAGUAAGGAGAGUAAGGCCGAGUAAAGGGAAGGAGUCGGUUAGGAGCCAGAGCAUCAAGAUAACUUUCGAAGGAGAUAUGGCAACUGCACCCAUAAAGGUGGCAGCUACCAAGUCGACCAGAGGGUCUACAUCGAAGAAGACUGACACGGAUUACGUGAUGGCGGAAAAGGACGGGCAGCGGAUCGAUGGAGAGGAGGUUAUUCUUUCACCGCGGAAGCGGGGAGUGAAAAAAUUCUUGAUGAAGAGUUCGCUGGACGAGAUUGACAUGGUCGAGCCACUGAGGCGGGCCCUUCGACAGCCCAUGCAGUGCUCUAUCCUAGAAUAUCUGGCGGCAUCCAAGCCGGCUCGCGAUGAGUUACAGAUGAUCAUGCGGAAGACUCGCAUACCUCUAUUAGAGGAGGCGUUGGGGGCCCCUAAGGCGGAUGCUCCUACUGUAGCAGUAACGGGGGUGACUGCCAGAGCGGAUCGCAUGGCGACAGUCCUUCUUGAUGGGAUGGAAGGUGUCCCUCCAGACAAUUUUUACAUACUUGGUAGUGGGGCCGUGGAGGCGAUCAUAAACGACAGGGCGGUACUAGAUGCUGUGAUCGAUAACGGCAGUGAGGCUGUCAUUAUAGACGAGGAUCUGGCAGUACAGGUUGGACUGGGCCUCGAUAGGUCAUACCUAUUCGAGAUAGAGACGGUUGACGGGAGAAAGCAACAGAUCACCGGGGUUUGUCACAAAGCAGCUAUAGAAGUCCAAGGAGUACGAGUGACCCUGCCUGUUUUUACAGUCAAGAACUGCAGCUCCGAUCUGCUCUUGGGACGAACGUGGUUGAGCCACGUGCAUGCGGUAACGAUAGAGCGACCGGAUGGGAGCCAGACAUUGUCCAUUAAGAAGCUAGAUGGGACGCGGGUUAUGAUUGAGACAGUGGAGCCUCGGAACCCGAGGAACAGAGCAGCUCUCGUUGUGGGUGCAAGGCCCAGUGAUCAGAUUAAGUCAUUACCUAUCUCCGGACGCGCGGUGCGAUUUCACGAGAAGAAGUAUGGACCACUGCUCACAGAGGAAGAAAGUCGGAUCGUGGAAGUGAAAGAUUUAGGGAUUCGGCUGAUAGUGGAUAGCAACUCAUACCCAAAGGAGACAGAUGAGGAAUUUGGCGGUGUGGUGUCCGAGCGGGAACGUAUGAUAGAGAUCCUAAAGACGUGCGAUAAGGCUAUAGCCUUCAACGACGCGAAGCGCGGUAGGGUUGACCCUCGAUACGCAAAGCCAGCAAGGAUUUACACGAUUCCACAUGUUCCAUGGAAUGACGCAUGGUGGAGAUACGCACAGAGGGAGAAGGAAGAAGGUAUCGCCUUCCUGGAAGAAAAGAUGGUUUCCCAUGCUGCGGAACCGUCUGAUAGCGCUUAUGCUAAUCGAUGGUUCUUCCUACGAAAGCCGAAUGGCAAGAUCCGGUGGAUCCAGGACCUUCAGAAGGUCAACGCGGUGACGAUACGAGACGUGGGCUGCGUGCCACACGCCGACUUAUUGGUUGAAGGCGCCGCAGGCAGAGCAGAUCCGACGAAGCUAGACAAACUCCUGGACUGGCCGUCACCGUUACAUAGUCCAAUCGAGGUCCGGCAGUUUCUGGGAGUGGUUAGUUACUGGCGGAUAUUUAUACGGGGGUAUGCGGAGAAGGCUGAGCUAUUCAGGUUACUCCUUCGAAAGACUGAGACAUUCUACUGGGAUACCUCGCAGGAACUCGCUAUGCAAGAGCUUAAAGACGAAUUUAAGGAGGGAGGACGCGUACUGGGCGUGCCAUUCUUUGACGAUGAGGCCGAGAGACCCUUCAUAGUAUCCACGGAUGCUGGGCCUUGUUCAGUAGGUGGAUUGCUGUCUCAGAAGGGCGUUGGAGGGAAGGAAAGACCGUUAAGAUUUGAGAGUAGAACACUAAAUACGGCUGAGCGUAACUACAGUCAAUUCAAGAAGAAAGUGUUAGCUGUUCUGCGGUGUCUAGACACGUUCAAACACUAUAUUUAUGGACGUUGGUUCAUGUUGAGAGUAGAUCCCAUAGCGGUUGUCUCUGUCCUCAAGAAGGACUUUAGCCUGACGGACCCGACCAUUGCACGAUGGUUAAUACGGAUUCGGCUAUAUGAUUACACAGUUGAGAGGAUAUCUGGCGCUAAAAAUGUCGUAGCAGAUGGGCUCUCUCGGAUCCCUCGUGAGGCUGAGCGCCCGAUAGUAGCUGGAGCCCUGACAUUGGCAGAGCCGAGACGCGCCGAACGAUUUCUGGUUAACCUCUAUGAGGACAAUUACCGAACGAUCGAGCUACAUUUCUCGGGUGAGGAGAGGCAAGAUUUAGAUAUCUGGAGACAAGCAGCCCAGUACUGCCUUAGAGCGGACCACCUUUUCCGAAGGCCGGUCAGGUCGGGAAUGCCCUUACAAGUAGUCUGUGAUCCAGAGGAGAGACAGACGAUAGUUGCGGAGCUUCACGACGGGGUAGUCGGAGGACAUAGAGGAGUAAAAGGGACCUACGAAAAGGUACGCAGGCUGCACUGGUGGGAAGGACAGUAUAAGGACGUCGAGAGAUACUGUAUGACCUGUGAGGAGUGCCAGAAGAGAGCUUUUGUGAAAUACAAAGAGUCGCUUCAUCCAUCCUAUCCGACCAGGCCGGGAGAGAAGGUACACAUCGAUCUGGUGAAGAUGCCGAAAGGGGUAGGCAAUAUGAACUACGUUGUGAACAUACGAGACGAUUUCACUGGGUUCGUGGACGGUAGACCUAUCAGCAGUAAGACGGCAAAGGAAGUGAAGAACUUCGUCCUGGAGUACUUAUCUAGGUAUGGUUGUGUCAGCAAGAUAGUGAUGGACAGAGGGGCGGAGUUUCUAGCUGACGAGGUUCAGAGUGUGUUCAAGAGAGCUGGGGCGAGAGUCUCGAUAGCCACCGCCUACCACCCACAGUCGAACUCCCCAGUAGAGAGGGGGCAUCAGACUCUGAUAGCGUCACUAUCCAAGUGGUGCAAAGGUAAGGACAGUGAUUGGCCACGAUAUUUUCGAUACGCGAUAUGGGCGGACAACGUCACAGUCCGGGCUAGCAUUGGGUACCCACCAUACACCUUGUGGUUUGGGCGGCAUUAUCCGUUCCCCAUAGAGUUUCACAUCGACAGCUCGACAACCAUUGACUGGGCGGAGGAGAUGUCCAAAGAGGAACUCAUAGCUGCCCGGACGAGAGAGAUAGCCUACGGUUUGGAAGACAACCUUAUGACAGCGGCAGAUCGUCUGGCAGUGGAAAGGGACAAAGGUAAAGAUAGAUGGGAUAAGGACGUGCGGAUCAGGAAAGAGAGGGUGAGCGUAGGGGAUAUGGUCCUUCUCUACGACGCAGCACUGGAGAGGACCUGGACCAGAAAACUCGCCAACAGAUGGAUGGGACCUUACAGAGUGGUUGAGGCACUCGACUGGGGGGCCUGUAUGAUAGCAGAAUUAGAUGGAUCCAAGUGGAAGGACCCGGUGGCGGGUGCUAGGUUAAAGCUAUUUAGGCCCAGGCCAGCACCCACCUUAUCGCUGACGGGCCCGAAAGGAAAAGGGAAGGCUAGAAUGGAGGAUGGAGCCCCCUCGAGACGAUUUGAGGCAGGGGAAAGUUCCAAGAAGAGAAAAAGAGUGGAGAGAAGAAAGGUCAAAGGGUUGGCAUUAGGGAGAGAGAAGAAAUGAUUAUUUGUGCUCAGGAGGGUCAGACGGAGAGUCCGCAUUAGACAACGGCACCCUUCUCG